AUAUUUUAAAGAAAAUAAUUAUAGUGUUGAUAUUUGGAAGGAAUUGUAUUCAAUUGACAAACUAUAUUGCAAAAAAAAAAAAGAGUACAACAUGAAGUUUGGCAAGACCUUUGAGAGCCAUUUGACAACCGAGUGGCGUCAGCAGUAUAUGAACUAUGCGGAGUUGAAGGCGAUGAUACGCAAAGCCGUGGACAAUGCGCCAGAUGUGAAUGUUGCAAGGGAUUCUAGAUAUAUACGCGAGCGUGACAAAACCUCUGAUCCUGUAGUUACGGCAUAUUAUAAAAAUUUCGAGCGCAAUUUCUUUGCCACUUGCCAUCAGGAGCUGAGUCGAGUUGAGGACUUCUUCGCCCACAAGCUGGCCGAGGCGCGACGUAAGCUGGAGGAGAUUAAAAUGCAGCUAAUCUCAGCGCUGAAUAAUCAACGUGGGCCCAACAACCGCCAACUGGGCCUGGCCUGCAGCGAAUUCUAUUUGAGUCUGAUAAUGCUGCAAAAUUUCCAGAGUUUGAACUAUACGGCCUUUCGCAAGAUAUGCAAGAAGUAUGAUAAAUAUAUCAAGUCCAACAGGGGUGCAAUGUGGUUCCGUGAAUAUGUCAGCGAGGCGCCGUUUACCAAAGAGAAUGAGCUGCGCCAAAUGAUUUCCGAGGUGGAGCACCUGUACACGAUCUACCUGACGAACGGAGAUCGGGCCAAGGCGAUGGCCAAGCUGAGGGUUCCCCCAUUGCGCCAAUUCUCGUCCCCAGCUCGGGUUUUUAUAGCGGGUGUGCUGCUGGGCUUGUUUAUUGUUAGCGCUAUAAUUGUGAUCUUCUCAUUUAUUUUUCUGUACAAUCAAGCGGAGUUGAUAGAGGCAUUUUCCCGAAUGUACCGCGGUCAGUUAUUCUGGGUGCUCUGCGGCUUCUAUUUGACCAUCAAUAUGUAUGUCUGGCAAAAUGUGGGCAUCAAUCAUGUGCUGAUCUUCGAUGUGGAUCUGCGCAAUCAGAUUUCUCCCGCCUCCUUUCUGGAAGUAGCUAGCGGUCUGGGCUAUCUUUGUACCAUUUCCAUGCUCCUGUUUCUGCAUCAUAAGGAAUUCGACGUCGAUGUGCCCUAUAAUUUCCCAUUGAUCUCUCUGGUGGUGCCGUUGCUGUUACUCAUCAAUCCCAUACGAAUUUUCAAUUAUCCAGCUCGAAUGUGGCUAAUCCGCUGCAUUGGACGAGUCGUGAGUGCACCAUUUUUCCACGUUACCUUUGCGGACUUUUGGCUGGCCGAUCAGCUGAACUCGCUGGCCCUGUGCUUUGUGGAUAAUUACCAUUUGAGUCGUUUCUAUGUGCGCUACUAUUCGAACAGAGCCAAUUCUUUCGAUUUCGAACAUGACUUUAUGAUACCAAUAAUACGCUGCCUGCCGCCCUGGUUCCGUUUGGCCCAGUGCCUGAGACGCUAUAAGGAUAGCACGAAUAGACCCAUUACGUUUCUCCUGAAUGCCGCCAAGUAUGCAACGAGUAUUAUUGUGGUGAUCUGCUCAACCGUUGUAAUGGAAACGAGUGUUCACUAUGGCAGUGUAGUUGAGAAUCCCUGGAUAUGGGUCUAUUUGGCUGUAUCUUUUGUGUCAACCGUAUACUCCACAACUUGGGAUUUGAUUAAGGACUUUGGUUUGUUUCAAGUCUGGAGUGGUGAAAAUCGAUUUUUGCGCGAGCAUCUCAUCUACCGCAAGGGGUUCUAUUACUUUGCCAUCGUUGUGAAUGUAACAAUACGUUUCGCUUGGGUCCUGGAGCUGUACUUGAUUGUCUAUAAUAUUUUAAUACCCUACAAUUGCAAGACUAUUGUCGGUGUGUGUGAGUUAACGCGACGAUUCAUCUGGAAUUUUUUACGCCUGGAAAAUGAGCAUUUGUUCAAUUGCGGCAAGUUUCGUGCAACCCGCGACAUUUUCCUAAAGCCCUUGGGUACUGCAAGGAGUCAGCCUUCGGAGAAAAUUGACGACAGAAGUAGUGGCGUGCAGGUCAAUUUGCCGAAGAAGACCCACUAAAAAGGAGUAUAGCAAAAUUGAGCUACAGAAUCGAAUUUGGUUUAACAAAAACUAAUAAGUAUCAAUUACCACUGUAUUUUAUUAUACUUUGAAAUAAAUAGCGAAGCUUAAUUAGGGUUGCCUUAAA